AUGGUUGCAAAGAAAGGCAAGAAGACUGGUGAAAACCUCAACAGCAAAAUCCAGUUGGUUGCAAAGAGUGGAAAAUAUUGUCUGGGAGAAAAGGCUACAAGAAAGCAGCUCAAGUUUGCUAAAGCCAAACUGGUCAUAGUUGCAAACAACAUGACGCCUCUGGUCAAAUCAGAAAUAGAGUUUCUGGCCAUGCUGGGUAAAGUAAUUGUUCACCAUUACGAUGGAAACAGUGCAGCACUUGGUACAGCUUUUGGUAAAUACUUCCGAGUUGGAGUUGCAACCAUUGUUGACCCGGGAGAUUCGGAUGUCAUCAAGACCUUGUCGAUGCAGUGA